ACUAUAAGCUGUUUCCCGUUUGCUUAGUUUUGAUCAAAGAAGAUCAAGGAGCCCAGAUUCAACGCUGUGCUUUAAUUUUGGGUGUUUUGCAUUGCUCGUUGUUAUAACAGAAUGGGUAACACUCUUUCAUGCUGCGCUUGCAUUUCUUCCUCAAAUUAUGAGGAGAAUGCCGUUAUGCUUCCUCCCGUGGUAGACUUGAGCCAUCUUGACCAAGUAAUCUCUUUCAUCGAGACGCGCUUGAACGCCAUUGACAAGUCAGAAGAGAGCACGUCUAAUGUAGAGGCUACUACUACUUCACCUGUAGUGGAUUCUUCCAUUAAGUAUGGUUACAUUUUGCUAGAAAAUGUAAUUAAGCGUGCUCAUAAACAUGCCUCUAAGAUUUUAAGUGGCGAAACCCGGAAGGCAGUUAUUGAUAUAUUGAAAGGAAUAGCUCAAAUCAAUUGGGUUGUAGCAGGACUUGGGGUUGUGGCCUAUGUGUUGGAUCAAAUGGACAAAAUCUCCACCAACAAGAAUGAAUGUGCUCAAUUUUUACGCUAUAUGUGUGGCUUGGCCAAACAAAUUAAGCAGCUAGACAACCAUUUAAACCAAGAAAAGUUGACAGAUGUUGUUGUUUUCAUUGUAAAUGGAUCUUUGUUUUGUAUUUCACGAAUGCAGUCUAACAAUCUUUCUAGGUUUUUUUCUGUAUCAAUGGAUGCAGAGGAGUUAAAGGGUCUUCAAUCCCAAUUGGCCCACACUUAUCCAGAUCUUACACUAGAUGCUGUAAUACAAAUAUUAAAUCGGAUACCUAUCACUCUCCCUCCCACACAAGGAGCAGUCCCUAAUGCAGUUGGCAUCGACGAGGCACGAGCUAAAGUAAUCAAGUUACUUGACCUGGAGGAUCAAUCAAAUACAAGAGGUGUGGUGUUGUAUGGAGUUGGUGGCAUAGGGAAGACAACCCUGGCAACUGCUGUCUUCACCUCUCUCAAACUCGACGCCUACAAACACUGCAGAAUGAAUAUUCAACAAGACUGCUCAGAGUCCGAUCUUAGGCAGCUGCAAGAACAGGUUUUAAGUGACCUGUUUGCACAAAAGAUUCAGCCAAGGAAUUGUGUUGAGGGUAAAGAACUUCUUUCCAGAUUGUUAAGAGAAAGAGCCUCUCGGCGGGUCUUUUUGUUUAUGGACAAUGCUUUGAGAGGAAGCGAUCUGGCCAAGCUUCUCCCAGAGGACCUUUCUUGCCUACCAAAUGGAAGCAGGAUACUAAUAACCACAAGAAAGCUGAAUGAGACUGAUAUGGUCGAAGAGGGAGGCGUCAAGCGCUAUGCAUAUAGCGUAAACUAUCUUUCAGACGCAGCAUCAAAAAAGCUUCUGUGCUUGAAGGCUUUAGGCAGUGCUGACAAAGAUUUUGGCAAAAGCUUAGAUAUUGAUGGUCUUGUGAAACUAUGCGGCGGCGUGCCUUUGGUGUUAGAGAUGGUAGGCUCAAAAUUGCGGAAUCUUGGCAACGAUGUCCGCGCUUGUGAAAGCACUACUGAUUUUUUGAAGGAUACACUUGUGAAAGGAGAGGGAGAUCUGAGUGAAAAAUUGGUGGAUGCGGUGUACAACACUCUGGAAAAUGAUGUAUACAAAGAUGCAUUUCUAGAUAUAGCAGCAUUUUUUAAUAAGUGGAGUCAGCAGAGUGUGAGUUGCAUUGUCGGAGAUGUUGCACUUAGAGCCAUAGAAGAUGCAGCCCUGGUAAGGAUAUCCGAAGAAGAGAAAGUGAUUGUACACGAUAUCAUUCAAGCACGAGGAAGAAAGUUAUCAGAAGGGGAUAGAAUAACUGGCCACCAAUCAAUCCAACGUGUCCUGCAAGAUACACAGAGGCUUGAAAAAUUGAAAGGGAUUUGGGUUCCUGAUUGUCCUGAAUUGUGGAGUCAACCUUCUACUGAUGAUUUUGACGGAUUUCAACUUCAACCAAAUCAUCUGGAAUUGCUUAAAUCUCUGCGCUUUCUGCACUUCCAACAUUGUUCCGAGCUGAAGAGGCUGCCAGAAAGCUUCGGUACUCUCUCUGCAUUGAAAAUGCUGACUUUACUAGGGAGUAAAUUAAAUUGCCUUCCAGAAAGCUUCGGCCUGCUUAGUCGUUUGGAAGAGCUAGAUAUACAAGAAUGUGAAUGUUUAGAAGGCCUUCCGCAGUCAUUCAGUCAGUUGAGUCGUCUGAAGAAGUUGAAUAUAUCUUUUUGUAGGAAACUGUCGAGACUUCCUGAUGGAUUCGGUCAGCUCAAGUCUCUCACAUAUCUAAGCAUGGGGUUCUGCGAUAAUCUGGAGAUAGUUUAUGAUGAUUUCGGGGAGCUCUCCUCUCUAUGCGCAGUGAGUGCAUUCAGUUGCCCUCGAUUAGAUGGCAAGGCAAUUGACAAGCUUGUUGAGAUGAAAAGUCUGAUGUUCUUGAAUAUCGAGUUCAGCCCCAUGUUGACACGGAGGUGGAAAGAAGUAAAGGCAAGACACCCUCUGUUAGUAUACGGCGGAGCCUUUUUACAUGUCGAUUUCGAACAUGCCGUGUCCAGUGCAUUAUUUGACAGACAGAGUCGAUUCCUCCAUAAUGACGGCGACCUGUAUUUUGCUGAGUGGUCCCCUGGCCAAGAACAAGAAGUGCCUAUUGUAUUGAGCAUUUGUGAUCUGUGUUGUGCUUCAAAUAGGGCAGCUUUAGAGAGGGUGAAACAGAAAAUUGCAGAUCUGGCUUUGGAGGGAUUGGACAUUGUGUACGUGAGUAUGGGGCAAAAUAUGGAAGGCAUCCGCCAAAGUUUACUACACUUGCCUUUUGGCAGUCGUGCAUUGAUCACAGCUGACGAGAAAUCAAAGAAGUUAUUAGGAUAUUCUAUUUGCGAACUAAUAUCGUAUAUGCAGUCAAUAAGAGACCAUACUCUUAUCGCCAGAGCUGUCGUGUCUCUGGACGAAAAGGGAGAAAAGUAUGUAUGUCAUUUUCAGUUGGUGAGCACAGAUGUUGAAGAAUUCACAGAUAUUGCGGGUGGUUUUAGCCGGUUCUUCUUUCCGGUGAAACAAAUGGAGCGCUUUGUCAGAAACAAUUAA